ACAGCGCAUACUUACGGACAGAGAGAACCUUCUCUCUCACUUUUCUCUCUGACCCGCGGAACGAAAUUCAAUGAAACUUUAGAGUGAGAAACUAGAGAGAGAAAGGGGUUGGUUCAGUUGCUGCUUACACAGCCUCUGCUGCUUUGACGGUCAAGAGGGACUUUGGUUCCCUGCAGAUGUGCCGUAAGCCGGAUUGCUGUACCUAUUGUAAGCACAAAACAAAUGCCAUCCCUAAAAAUGAAGAGCAAAGUAAGUGGAAGCUGUUUGACGGAGAGAAAGGAUCUUCAAAUCUGUCCGAAAUCAAAAGUAAUUUCCAAAAACCCAUGUUCUAAAAUCAUGAUUACUGCUAAAGAUGCAGAGAUGGACGCAACUAUUCAAAAUUGCAUAGAUGUUUCUUCAAGGACGCUGCCCAACGAUAUUGCAAGUGAUCAAUGUAAUGAUGGCAAAGAAUUUCUGAAUAAUGAAAACUCUGAAUCCCAGCACCAAUUUUCUGUAUGUUCCUCUGUCCUGGGAAGAAUGGAACUGACCAAUCCCUGUACAGAAAACUUAGAAACAAUAUUUUCUCCUGCUUUUGAGCCCAUUGAAGUCCAUUCACAACAUUAUACUGAAAAAGGGAGCUUUGGUGAUACUAACAUUGCAGGAGUGGGAGCUGAUGAAGAAAGAAACAUAUGUGACUUUGAAACAUGCGAUGUAUCUGAUUUCUACAUUUCUGAUAUGAUCAUUACAAGUUUACCGUUCCGUGGAAAUUCCUUGGACGAUGAUGUUGGUGAAACCAACUAUCUAUCUGAUUAUGGAUCCACCGAACCAUCCGUGUUUUCUUCUUCUGAACAGUACAUGAUUCUGCCUACUCUUGAAGGUGAUGCUAAAAUUGGCUGUACUUCAGAUAUUAUAUCAUAUGAGGAAGCCAUGUUGGUUCGAGAAACUGGUAGCUUGUAUUCCGCAAUAGCUCAGAUAAGAUCCUGCAACCAGGAGUCUGAUGUUAAAGAUGACUUGGAUAAGGCAGAAUGCUUUGAUCCACAGUCAUUUAUCAAGAAUUUACCAGAACUAUCAGAAGUAGAAUUAAAUGGCCAACCCACACUAAUUCCUAAGCAAUCUCCAAGAAGAAAGGCAGUAACCCUAGUGCUUGAUUUAGAUGAGACACUUGUUCAUUCUACACUGGAACAUUGUGAUGAUGCAGAUUUCACUUUUACCAUUUUCUUCAAUAUGAAAGAGUACACAGUGUACGUAAGACAGAGGCCUUUUCUCCACACAUUCUUGGAGAGAGUAUCAGAGAUGUUUGAAGUAGUUAUUUUUACUGCCAGCCAAAGCAUAUAUGCAAAGCAACUACUUGAUAUAUUGGAUCCAGAUGAAAAAUUUAUUUCUCGCCGUGUGUAUCGAGAAUCAUGCUUGUUUUCGGAUGGAAAUUACACAAAAGAUCUUACUAUUUUGGGUGUUGAUCUUGCAAAAGUUGUCAUAAUUGAUAAUUCACCUCAGGUUUUCCAGUUGCAAGUGAAUAAUGGUAUCCCCAUAAAGAGUUGGUUUGAUGAUCGGUUAGAUUGUGCGCUGAUGUCAUUACUUCCCUUUCUAGAGACAUUGGCUGAUGCUGAAGAUGUGCGUCCUAUCAUUGCAAAGAGAUAUGGUAACAAAGAAUAAGGUUUUUCCUUAGACCAAAUUUAGCAGCUUUCUACUUUCCUAGAUUUAGGAAAUUUGGCCUCUAAUUAGUUGCUAAUGGCUCCUUUCCAUUUGAGUUGAGAUGAAUUAACCUAUACAAUAAACUAUUGGUUGUCUUAUUGUUGAGUCUACAGUUGGUUCUCUUUUGUUCUCUCAGUUGACAAAUCUGGAGUUCUCUGUUUCUCGUGAAAGGUAGUUGUAGCAACCAUCUCCUUUUCUUUUGUCCGUCUAGUCUUUGUACAGUUGAAGUUCGAAUUUUCUGCGGUGGUGUACAUAAAAUUUAUCAAUCAUAUUAUGGAAUAUAGUUCUGAAAGUUACAUAUUUUACUUUCUAUCUUGCAUAUGAAGAGCCAAAUGCUUGCCUAGCCUGCUAGUAGAAAUGGAAACUGUUAUUUAUUUUACAUUUUGUUGCUGUUAUGUAAUCAUCUAGAUUUGUGAUUCAAGUAUUAUUAUGUGUAGCAUUAAUGCAUGUGUUGUCAAGGAGGAUCUAAUUUAGCUAACCACCCAAAAAAUUAUUGAACACAUUCAAAAAUCCUAAAAAUACUAAAAAAGUUGUGAUAGAGUACAACAAAUUGAAGGGAGUCUAAAGAUAAUUGUAAUUAUAACAAUCAAGUUAACAGAUGCAUGGAUAAGAUUGAAUAGCGUGUUUGUUGGUCUUUCAAGCAAUAUCUAUCAUCCAUAGUUUGUUGGUCUUUCAAGCAAUAUCUAUCAUCCAUAGUAAAAAUUUGAAACAUUAAGCAUUUCAAUGAAAUAUAUGAUCGUAAUUAUGGAUUUGAAACAUCAACAUGUUUAUGAUAAUAACUGUAUAAUGUAGUAUUUAGGAUUUUCAUAAUGACAAACUUAUUUCAUUUUAGGUUUCAGCCUUUCUGAUGCAUGUAAAAGAGAUUUCAGAAGAUGAAUGUCAAGUUAGUUACAUUCAUAAUCUAAAUUGUAAACCAACUAUCCCAAAAGUUCGAGUUGUUAAGUGAUAACACAUGAAUUGGUUUUAUACUAUGCCUCUAACAUGCCCAUAUGGAAAGAGCAUUUGGACUUGAUGCAUGGACGAUGCACAGGCCCACUUAUCUUGUACUGAAAUAAACUUAUUUUAUCAUGGAAGUCCAAUAGUUUUAAAUAUAGGACAACCUAGAUAAAUGGAUAUCUCUUCGUCCAAAACAUGGAAGUUUAUUAUCGAGUUGUUUGAUCUAUGUAGCCGAUUCCUUCUGGUGAAAAAGGGCUUAGUUGUUAUUAUAAGGAUAGACAAUGUUAGUAACACACUCUUCUGAAUUGUGAUCAUUUUAGGAGGCCAUUAAUUUGACUUCUAUAUAAAGGACCAAUCACAACUAAUGUGUUUAAUAGUGUGUCUAAAAGAGUGUGUUGUUAGCAUUUUUAUAAGGACUUCCAUGGGCAUCAGGCUCCCGUAUUCCCAUCAUUGUGGGGUUUGAGAAGCUUUGAGUUUGAUUAAGAUCUGGUUCAUUAAAUUCUAUAUAUUCACGGCGAAAUUUGAAUAAAUUUCUGAUGCUUUCAAGGCUUCAAGCCUUCAACUCGUAUCCUAAUAUAAAUCUGUCAUAAUUUAGAGAAUAGCUGUCUCCUAAUAUGUCUAGAUACCACAAGAACCUAGGUCAACAUUUGUGAGAAACUAAUUGUCAUUAUAUCAUGUGUUUAAUACAUUUUCUUUCUUCCUCUUCAUGUUGGAUAUUUGUAAAUGGCAAUUUUAUUUGGAUAAAAUGGAUGACUUGUGUUUUGGAAUACUUUUAUUUGUACUUUUGUUCAAAAAAGUGAAAUUGGAAACAUUAAUGUUUGAGCCUCUGUCCUUGAUAUUUACAUUAGUGAUGUUUAAGCAUACUUUUGUCUGAUUCAGAAUAGAUCUACAAACUGGUCUUCAUCACCUUUUGUACUCUAGUAUAAAGUAGUUUGGCCAUCUGCCAAGUCCAGGUCGGAAGUCUUCCUCCUUAAUAAUUUCUAUUGUGCUGUCCAUAUCGGAGAGGUAAUAAACUAGCUUCUUUUGCUCUAACUUAUUUCCUAAACUUUGGACAAACUAACUAGUUAUUAAAUUUUCUAUUAAAAAAUAUCAUUGUUGAGUUCUGGUUUAAGGAAUAACUUCAUAUGUUAAUUUAAUAGUCUUCUUAGCUUCUGAGUGGCUCUUUGAAAUAUUUUUCCUUUCAUAGGAAUAAUCCUUGGAGAUCUUUGAUAAUUUGACCUAAUCGCAAUCAAUUUCCAUGAUAUUUAUACCUGUGCUGGAGGUUUACAUGUAUGAAAUGAUUGGCACAGGUGGAAAGAGAUCAAUUUCGUUUCCAUCCAAGAUUGUCAUACUGGCUAUACUACUAUAUCCAUUACUAGCCAUAAUACUUCUAUCUUCCCUGAUCAUGGUGCCUGGUGACAUAACUAGUAUUGUUGAUUAAUUUCAUUAGACUUACCAAGGGAUAUGAAACUUAAAAAAUUGCGAUUGUAUGUAAAUGGAAGGGUACAAAGCUUAGUUGUGCAUAUUAUCUCACAUGAUAUGCUAAAAGUGUAACCUGUAUAAAGUAGCUGGUUAUCACUGCUUUGAUGAUUUUCUGCUAGUUCUUGCUAUUAGUUUUUCAUGAUUUUGCAUACAUUAUCUGCAGGUCUGUGAAGAAGUUUUUUUUAUUAGAUUAUCCCUCUAUUGGCUGUUCAAUAGGUAUGUAAAUUUUGAUUACUUAGUCUAGGAGUUCUCAGGUAUCUUUAAUUAUCCUGCCACAUUAUUUUACGUCUUUAAAACCUUAAGCAAGUUGGUACAAAAAUUGUAAAAUCCUACCUGAAGUGUUGAAUCAUUGUUAAUUCCCUUCUUCCGACCUGUUAUUCGUUUCUGGCCAUUUUUUAUUGUCAUUUACAAUUUUUCAUGAUUGUAAUGAGAAAUACAAAAUGAUUCACACUUCCUCUUGAUUGUGUGUUCAAAAUUUUGACUCAGGUAAUUACAGAACACUCUUGCCAGAAUUGUUGGAUUGGUCAAUAAAGCGACGAAUAAUCUAAGAAAAUGUGUUUUCUAUUUUUACAUUUUACUUUACCUUUAGGUGAAUGAAACACUGAUUGUUUGAUUUGUAUACCGGAUAUGGUUUUCUUUAGGCUGUAGUUAAAAGCAUUAGAGCGGUAACAUCAAACGCAUCACCACCACCAUGCACCAUGUGAGUUUGUUUAA